CAAGGAACCAGUCGCUUGCCAACCGUCCCACGGAGCGGACGUGCGCGCUCCCGCUCGAAAAACAAAACACGCCCGGAAAACGUAACAAAAAUACUUGAAAAAUAAUGUUUUAGUAAUUUAAAUCUUAUUGGAAACGUUUAAGUUAUAUUUUUGUUUGUUUUUUUACUGUAUUUUGAGGUUAUAAACCUAAUUUUGUGUAGUGCAAGUUAUGUGAACAUUUUUUCCCGUUUCGUAAUCAAAGUGUUCCAGUGUGUUGUGUGACAUAAAGAAUCAACUGUCAAAAUAUUCAAGAUGGCCGCUUUAAAGUUUUUAUUGUGUCUGUGUUUUGUGCACGCUGCGUUCGCUAAAGGAUCCGAACCCAAGGUGGAAUGUUCUCCAGAGGUGAUGAAGGUGACGGUACCCAUCGACGGAGACAGGAAGGUCACGUACUUGGAACAACUUAAAGAGUACAAACCCUGUCUCCCGGAGAUGGACGGCAACACCGCCAUGUUCGUGCUGGACCUGCAGGACCAUCACAAGUGUGGAGUCACCAGGAUCCUGCAGACUGGCACGGGUAACCGCUCCUUCUACCGCAACAUAGUGAUAGAGGACGCUGCAGGCAACAUUGAGAUGCUGACGGCUCGCUGCUCCGUCGCCGGCAAACUGCGCUACAUCUCCAAGAGGGACGUCCCUCCCUUCCCUCUGGACUUCCAUGAGCCUGACGUCCUGAACAUCACCAGGUACGAAGAAGGCAAGGCUCCCGAACCUGUCCUAGGUGCUAUUGUCAAGCAGAAUGGACAACAGGUCUCCGGCGAAAUAUCAGUGAAGCCCGGCACUCCUUUGACGAUGGAGAUCUUCCUGAAUGAGAAGUCGGCUCCCAUCUACGGCCUACUGGUCAAUUACAUGCAUGUCACCGACACGGGGAAACAGCAGGAAACUAUCAUAUUGAAUGGAUGCGCAGUAGACACCUACCUGUUUGAUAACUUCGUGACGUCCGAUGGAGACACCCUGACGGCCAAGUUCAAGGCGUUCAAGUUCCCUGACACUUCGUACGUUCAGUUCAAGGGAACAGUCACCGUGUGCCUCGACAAAUGCCAGGGGGUGCAAUGCAGCAACGGUCAGAUAGCAUACGGCAGGAAGCGUCGUUCCAUCAGCUCUGGAAACGACGCCAACAAGGUGUAUGAAGUCUCACUGACCACGUUCAUCAAGGUCGGAUAUGAAGAGGGGGAGACUGCCACUGCAGAAGACGUAUUAGCCCUUCUGAAGAACUUGAAGGUAGCAAACCAACGUCUAGGAGACAUGGAUGGGACACCAGCUACAGUGGCGGAGCACACAGCCAAGAAUGUACUAGUUUACGAAAAAGAAACAGUAGUUCUUAACAAAGCUAGCACUAUAACCAGUAGCUUAAUACUCUUCAUAAGUCUUCUACUUCUAUUCAAAUAGAAAUGGCAAUAUUAAAAUUAAAAAGAAAUUCUUGACUAAAAUAUCUAAAAAGACUAAAAACGUCAGUUUAGUGAUUGAAAUUUUAACCUUUGUUAAAUGUGACAUUUUGAACAAACUUUUUAACGAAUCCGUCCGAAUUUAAAGACUCUUUUUCGAUUUUUGUAGACAUUUUCGUAUAAAUAAACAUACUUUUUUGCCAAAUAACAAUAAUAAAAAGAAGUACAUUUUCAUUUUAAUUUUGUAAUAACUGUCGUGAGACAUACUAAAAUUAAUUAUUAUGUUAUUGGCUUACUCACGUAACUGUUUGAUGAGGAACUCGACUAGUUUCAAGCCAUGCUAGAGGCUCAUAUUCAUGAGCAGCAUUCCGCGACACACGACGCGGCGUUUGCGUCUCUAGCAUGGCUUGAAACUAGUCGAGUUCCUCGUCAAACAGUUACGUGAGUAAUGUCCAAAUACUCAAACGCUACUCAAUUUUAAGACGCUCUCAAAACUAGUUCUGUCACUAUCAAUUCUUUGUAAAAUGACAGAGAUAGCACGAUAUUUAAGUACAACUUAAAAUUGAGUAGCAUUUCAGUAUUCGAGCGUAAGUCGAGAACAUAAUAAUUAACAUUUCUUUUUUUUUUUUUUAUCAAUAACUGCUCUAAACCAUUCCGUAGAUACUAUAUCGAAGAUAGAACUAAAGUAAAGUGAUUUUAAUUAAAAUAACGUAAGUAUAAGACGUAAUUAAUUUAGUUUAGUUUUUAAUGAUUUACUACCAGUGUCAAAUGGACGCACAUUAUUUAAUAAAAAAGCAAAAUAAUUUAGUACAGUGAAACCUCGUUAAGUGAGACUUCAAGGGACCUUCAAAUUGGUAUCACUUAUAGAGGUAUUCCACUAACCCAGUGUCUCAGAUAACGAGGUAUAAAUAAACAUUUGUCUCAUUUACAGAGGGUUCCAUUAAUAGAGGUGAACAUACGGGUUAUUUCACAUAAAGAGGUGUGAUUCUUAAAUAAAACAAUGUGUUAUCUGCACAUUAUAAAUGAAUAAGAAUAAGUAAAUCAACAAACAAAACGAUGUUGUCUCAGUUACUGAGGUUUAUACAUUAAAAUUUACUUGCUGUCUCAGUUAUAAAGGUAACUAAGAUGAUAAAUCGAAAGAACGAAUCCCAGAUAUAGAGGGUUGUUUGUCCCACUAAAAGAGGUAAUUCAGUGCCAAUGGGUAGGGACCUCAGUAUGAGUUCCAUUUGUGGAGGUUUCUCACUUAUCCAGGUCCCACUUAACCAAGUUUCACUGUAUAUGAAGAUAAAGAUUGAUUCAGUACAGAGACCCAAUUACCCCCCUUCCCACUCUUCCCAAUCCCCGAUUCCCCAACAUUUUUAAAUUCCUAAUCCCCAAAAGGCCACGCACUUGUAACGCCUCUGGUGUUUCGGGUGUCCAUGGACGGCGGCGAUUGCUUACCAUCAGGUGAUUCGUCUGCUCGUUUACCGGCUUAUACCAUAAAAAAGAGACAGUAGCUAUUGUUACACUAAAUUGUACGCUUUGUAACGAAGUCAUAUCUUUUGUAACUAUUCGUGGACUCAGUAGACAACCAAAGGUUACUGUCUCGGUACUGAAUCAAUAUUUAUCUUCAUCAGAAUUAAUAUAUAUGGCUAAACUAGAUAGCCAAGAAUUGGUAUGCAAUUAAAUGCAAAAUAGAGAUGUAUUUUCGGCUCGUUUUCGAGAUUUUUUUACAAGAAGAAAAAAUGAGGAAGUAUAGUUUUAACGCUAUAUUUUCUAUAAUGUGAAAAUCAAAGCAUUUAUUUCAAAUAAAACACUUAAAGGCCCUUUUGGUACGGUAAAAAAAAUUCUGUCAGUGCCUACCUAGCGUUACUGCUUCGUUCCUAAAUCUAGAUUCGUAUGAAGAAGAACGAGCAAGAAACUCCAUAUAGGUUUUCUAACUCCAUAUAGGAAUCUACAUACGUACACUUUGGAACGAGCAAAUAGCCUCACUAGAGGACUGACCGACAGACAGACAUUUUGUUUUCAUUAUAGGUAUUGUAAUAUUUGCUUUGACGUUCAAAACUGCCUUCUCGGUCUAUUUGAAAUGAAUAAUCUUGACUUUGAAACUCUAUUUUUGAGAAAUAUAAUUAUAUUUAAUGUGCGUCUCAUCUCAUGAUAAUGCAAUGCAUUAAGUCCACUAGUCUUAAAAAUAACUGUUCCAUAGAUAGUUUCGGACCAAUCAAAUAUUGUGAAUAUUAAUACUUUAGUAAACUUUACAUUUAUGUGUAAAAAAUAUUGUCUCUUUUGCUUUUACCAUACCAAUAAGAAUUUUUGGGGAGAUUAACUCCCAAAUACAACAUGUUCUCAAACUAUCUAUUAAUUUCUAUGUUUUUAGUUCAUUCUGUAAGAAAUAUACAGUAUGGAGAUCACUCAUAUGACUUAAAUGAAACUAGAAGUAGUACUCGUCCACAGAAGCAUAAUACAACUAAAUAUUUCAAUGAAAACUGAAAAUUAAAAAAUGAAAUUUUCAAACAAAUUAAAUUCUAUGUGAGCAGCUCUAUAUACCUUGACCACAGAAGAGCUGUAAUGUUGUAGAUUGUCUAGGAAUGUUACGGACACGCGACGCGGCUGUUACAAUGCCGUAUUUGUAAAGAGUGUUCAAAUUAGCUCAAAGGGAAUAAUGCAUUUUUGUAGGCCUACUUCGCUCAUUUUUCGUUGAAGCAAAGAUGAUAACAAAUAUGUGGUUUAAAUUAAGUCAUAAGAGGUUUCCCCAUGCGGUAUAUAUUUUUAUACAUUUGCUCAAUCUGAGUAUUUAAUUUUACAAAAAAGAAAAUAUAUUAAUGUCAUCGGCCAUAUUUCUGUUUUUUACUUUGUAACAAAAUAGAUUUUAUUUUUAUUUUUGUUUACUUUUUGGUGCUUGCUACACUUACUUCCACGUUUUGUGAUUAUAAUUUUGAUUUAGCUUUCCUAGGACCCUUUUUACGAAUAUUUUAAUUUUAAGAUUUAGUAUUUUAGUUCAAAAUGAAAAUAAUAAUACUUCAUUGACCAUUUUAAUCCAAAAUACUUCAAAUAGCAAGUCUGUAGGUUUAUAAAACAAACUUAGCACAUAUAAUGUAUUUGAAAAUCUGCAUCACUAAUAUACCCGUGCGUGCUUAAAAAGCCACCACUGCCUAAUGCGGAGCUGCGGACUACCUAGCGGUUUUACCGGGGCUCCGGCUCGAAAAGCAGUAGUAGGAACGGGGUGGUUUUUAGUCAGUAAGAGACACUCCCUGGCGCCUCGCCUAGGGCAGAAGAAAUCAUUAGAUGAUUUUCCCCCACACUUUUACCAGUAAAACGAGUAAAUUCAACCAUUUUGUUAAAAAUAUCCACAAUUUUUUGGUACACCCUUUAGUAGGUAGUUAAGAAUAUUAUAUUAUGUAUUAAUUUAUUUGCAAAGAGGGUCCUACGCCUAACUAUAAGUUUAGGAAUUCGACUAAGAAUUAAACAAUAAAAAGAAAAUAUCAAAAUUG